AUGAAUUCUGAAGUAUUCAAAUCUUGGUUCACCCAAAUGUUGAACAGCCUUGAAGAACCGUCAGUGAUUGUAAUGGAUAAUGCAUCCUAUCAUUCAACCCUCGUCGAUAAUUUUCCCAAAAGUCACACUCGAAAAGCAGAUGUACAGGCUUGGUUGACCAAAAAAAAUGUCGAUUUUUCACCAUUGGAAAAUCUAGCUGAACUGAGAAUGAGAGUUAAAGCUUUGAUCCCAUUUGAAAAAAAAUAUGAAUUUGAUGUAUUGGCAUUGGAAAUGGGCCACGAAGUAAUUCGACUUCCACCGUACCAUUGCCAAUACAAUCCAAUUGAGCUAAUAUGGGCCCAGGUAAAAAACCAAGUGGCGAAAAACAACAAGACAUUUAAAAUGGUUGAUCUAGAAAAGUUGACUCACGAAGCACUGGAUUCGGUUACUCAACAUGAUUGGGAGAAGUGUGUGAGAUAUGCCGAAGCAUUGCAAGACCAAGACAAUGAUAAAGAAAUUAUGAGGGACAGUAUAUUGGAGCCAAUCAUUUUGACAUUGUUACCUGAUGACAGCGAUUGGGAGUCCAGCGACGAUGAAGCAAAUUCGGAAUAA